AUAAACAGCAUCAACAACAACAACAACAACUGCAGGGGAACGAAGCUGGGGGAAUGGGUGUUCGAGGGAGGGUAUGGGACCAUGCUGAAUGCCGUUUCAUCGACACUUUUUCAUUGAAUUCAAUUAAAAGCGAAAUUGAAAAUUGAAAUUCAAUUAAGAUGCUAUAAAUACGCCAGAUGGGGUGUUAGGGUGUCAAACGAGGGCAGCAGCAAGGAGGAUACAGGAUACAGGAUACUGUAAAAGCAUUCUCGGAUAGAAAGGUCUCCUCAUGCCAAUGAUGAUAGAUGAGCUUGCCAAUGGCUGGUGGCAGGGGAUGAAAGAGAUUCGUAUUGGUCCUGGUCCUGGUCCUGCCAUCGAUCGAUUUAUUGGCAAGAGGAGGACUCUUUAACGAGCCUUAUGAUAUGUGACAUUGCCUUUUUUUUUUUCUCUAUUUUAACUUACUCCUCUGUCUGGUCUUUCUUUCACUGACGUUUAAUGGGCCAUCAACACGUUGCUUACCCAAUUUGAUAUCGGGGUAUUAAUGACAAAUAAAUUGAUGCUGUAAUCAAUCAAAAUUGAAGCUACCAUAUGGUUCAGCAAGAUAAUGAAGUCUGGGAAAACAAUACACUGAUCUGAUUAGCCUCAUUAGGAAACCACAUGGUAAUAAUGUCAUUUCAAAGAAAUAUUGUCUUUCAGGGGUAUACUCUAUUUGAGUUUGCUUUGAUUUUGAUAAAGGUUAAUUGACAGUUUUUAAGUCUUAAUUUAACAUAUUUACCAGUACUGAUACUUCUCUAUAACUCCAGCAAGCAGAAGCCUCUUUAAUUACCCAUUUAAGCAGAGCUACUUUAAGAGUUUCCUUUCUCUAAACAAGCCAAAACUCCUUUAUUUGCCAAUCGAUUGGAAGCAUCAUUUUUUAGACGGCUGCUGCUUUCAAUUAACGUUUUAAGCAAAAAAAAAUAAAAAAAAGCGAAGAAGAAAGGCAGCCAUUUGGCUUUAUUCAGUGGUGGAUGUGCAAAAAAGGCCAAGGGACUUUGUCCAACUUUCUGCUAAAGCUAAAGUUUCUCGGCCAGAGUCGAGGUCGUUUGAAACUUUGUGGGAAAAGAUGGACUGCAGUGACCUAAAACAAGAGGAGAUGCAACGAUUGUGUUUCACCAGCUGAUGGGUUUUGUAUAUAAUCAUUAAGAGCUUCAACUUUAAGAAGUUUUCAAGUUUAACAGAGUUGAGAUUUAUUUGUCAAAGAUGAGGGAUUUUUUAUAGAAAAUUUAUAGCAACGAAUAUUUUUUUUUUGAAUGCAAUUUUUAAGAAAGCUGAUCAGACGAAAGUUUUGCUUUUGUCUCUCCCUGACAUCUGGAUGCAUUAUAAUUUCGUUCUACACCUUAUUUUUUGGUUUCCUCAACGCUGGCACCGCUGUCGAUGAAGUUAUAUACACGAAAACAUUCAAAACUGAUGUAUAUGCAAAAUGGUUUAAUGUAUUUCAUAUAGCUCUGAUGAUUGCGGCGGCAGUUAUCCUGCUGAUUACUGUGAUGACGAAAUAUUUAGAAGUGGUUUUCGUAUGGAUGGCAAUGUUUGCAAUACACAUUAUAGCAUACUAUAUCAUCUUCAAUGCACUGAUAAAUGUUCGCAAUCCCUUCCUCAAAGGCGCCCUAUCUGCAACCGUGUAUGUCUUGGUGAAUCUCGUGACCCUAGUUUGUUUAGGCUUAGAUUUGUAUUGCAUAAUCAAGGUCUAUUCAUAUUAUUACGUUAAGAAGCAUCCAGAGGAAUUCAACCCGCCGUGUGUUAACAAAUGAUACUGCUUGGUACCGAAACCAACUCAUUCUUUAAAUUAAAAUAAUAUCAAAAUGUA